AUGUCAACGUCGAAAAUGUCCCCGAUGCUUUUUCUUGAUGCAUUCCUCAAAGGUCUCAAACCACAGUUUGACGAUGAUAUUGUUGAUCGCCUCAAUUAUUACUACACACCACUCAUACUUGUGAUAUUUGCACUAACUCUCAGUGCUAAACAGUAUGUCGGACAACCGAUCCAAUGUUGGAUUCCGGCACAAUUUACCGGAGCUUGGGAACAGUACAGUGAAAAUUACUGUUUUGUACAAAAUACAUAUUUCUUACCUCUGAAUCAUUACAUACCGCGCGAUUUGCAAGAACGUGAAGAGCGUGAAAUAGGUUAUUAUCAGUGGGUACCAUUCAUAUUGGGCCUUCAAGGAAUUUUAUUUUAUUUACCAUGUCUUAUCUGGCAAUUACUCAACUGGCAGUCAGGAAUAGCUGUGAAGGGCAUCGUUCUGAUGUCGCAAGAUGUGAGCAAUAUGCAAUCAGAAAAACGUAAGGAUUCAGUUGCUGUUGUAGCUACGCAUAUUUUCGAUUCAUUAAAAACGCAGCGUAAUCUGAUCCGAAGCAGCCCCAUUUCAUCUUGUUUACGCAAUGGAAGUUAUUUGACAUUACUAUAUAUGCUAGUAAAAUUGAUAUACCUUAUUCAAGCCAUCACUCAGUUCAUACUGCUGAACAGUUUUCUUGGUACCAGCUACACGUUCUGGGGCUUCGAGAUUCUUCGAGACUUAGCCAGUGGUCGGGAAUGGCAAGAAUCAGGGCAUUUUCCUAGAGUGACCAUGUGCGAUUUUGAUGUUCGAGUGUUGGGUAAUAAGCACAGACAUACGGUUCAGUGUGUGCUGAUGAUUAAUAUGUUCAAUGAAAAAGUAUAUCUGUUCUUGUGGUGGUGGAUAUUGCUAGUAAUUAUGUUAACGAUUGGAUCUUUAAUUUAUUGGUACUGUAUGUCUUUCGUUGAAAACCAACAAUAUUCUUUUAUUGCUCAGUAUCUGAGAGUGUACGAACUUUUGGAUGGACAAGCGAAUACUGCCUUGGAGCAUUUUGUUCGACGUUGCUUGCGAAAAGACGGAAUAUUUGUGCUGCGAAUUAUAGCAGCUAAUGCUGGUGACUUGAUUACAACGGAUAUAGUGGCAGCACUAUGGAAAAUGUAUUUGAAAGAGGAAAAAAAACGCAAGAUGAAGUUGCCUGCUCCUAAUCUGACUAGUUCUGCUCCACCUAAACAGAUUCUUGAUGAUAUCGAUGAUGACCGAGGAUUCAAAGAGGAUCUUUAUCCUACUGACAAGCAGCCACUGACUUGA